AUGAGUUCCCUCAAGAGAGCGCUUGACAAGCUCAAGCCGCACCACGGCUCCUCGGCCUCGGACGACGAGAAGAGCGGCGUCAAGUCGCCCUCGUCCGUCAAUGGCCGCGCACAGUCGCCCGUCGCGUCGCCGCGCUCUUCCGUCACCCUGGGCGGCUCUCGAGCAAGCGGCGAGCACAAGCGCGCCGACGUUGCCUCGCCCACCGACAGCAGGACCAGCAUCGACCAGCCCCGCAACUCCCUCAGCGGUAUCCUCCACCGCCGCACCGAGAGCCCGAGCCGUACCGGCACUGACAAGACCAACAAGACCAACCGCUCCGGGUCUAUCUCUCACAGCCCCAUGCGAGCUGUCAAGGAGAAGCUACACAUUGGCAACGACUCGAGCGACGAAGAUGCCCCCCUCAACCGCGAGGGCGAGCCCAUGUCCCGCGGUCAGCUGCGCAAGCACGAGAAGCAGGCCCAGCAGGAAGAGCGCCACAAGCAGAACAUGGAGAAGGAGCAAGAGCUCGAGCGCAGAAGGAAGGAGAUGGAAGACCAGGCAUUGGCUGAGCUGACUCCCGAGCAGCGCUCCAAGUACGGUGUCAUCGACCCCAACUCCUACGCUGGCGAGUGGAAGCAUGAGCCCCGCCACAGGAUCCAGGACUUCUCCGCAAAGGAUGUUGGCAAGGAGGUUGUCUUCCGCGCCCGCAUCCACCACCUCAGGAAGAUGAGCUCCAAGUUCGUCUUCCUGAUGUUCCGCCAGCAGCUCGCUACCAUCCAGGGUGUUCUCUUGGAGCACGCGGAUAUCUCCAAGUACAUGUUGUACUGGGCUGAGCACCUGGACGCCGAGACCAUCGUCCUGGUCAAGGGUAUCCUGCAGGAGCCCAAGGCUAAGCAGGGCGAGGUCCUCGGAGCCACCAUCCACGACGUCGAGGUCUCGGUACACGCCCUCCACGUCGAGGCCGCCGUCACCGACCACCUGCCCUUCAACGUCAACGAAGCCGAGGUCUCACAGGCCGAGGUCGACGCUGAGCUUGCAAAUGCAGAGCACAAGGAAGGACACACCCGCGUCAAGAUUGCGGAUCGUACACGUUUGAACAACCGCGUCAUCGAUCUGAGGACAACAGCUUCACAGGGUAUCUUCCGCAUCCAGUCUGGUAUCUGCAGGCUCUUCCGUAACCAGCUAGAUUCGGAAGGCUUCAUCGAAAUCCACACCCCAAAGCUUCAGGGCGGUGCUACCGAGUCGGGUGCCAGUGUGUUCAAGAUCGACUACUUUGGUCGUGGCGCCUUCCUUGCUCAGAGUCCCCAAUUGGCCAAACAGAUGGCCAUCUCUGCAGACUUUGGCAAAGUGUACGAAAUCGGUGCCGUCUUCCGUGCUGAGAACAGUAACACGUACCGUCAUUUGACUGAGUACACUGGUCUGGAUCUGGAGAUGCAGAUCGACGAGCACUACCACGAGGUCCUCCGUGUGCUAGACCGCACUUUCAAGGCCAUUUUCAAGGGUAUCUACGACCAAUACCGUCCCGAGAUUGAGGUAAUCAAGAAGCACUUCCCUCACGAGGACUUGGUCUGGCUGGACCAGACACCCAUCAUUCCCUUCGCCGACGGUGUUCGCAUGCUGAACGAGUCCGGCUGGAGGGACGAUGAUGGCAAUGAGCUUGACGUGAACGAAGACCUGGGUACCAGGGAUGAGGUUCAGCUCGGUCGCGUCAUCAAGCAGAAGCUUGGAACCGACUACUACAUUCUAGACAAGUUCCCUGCCAACGCGCGCCCAUUCUACGCCAUGAACGACCCGAACGACCCCACGGUCACCAACUCCUUCGAUAUCUUCUGCAGAGGACAGGAGAUUCUCAGUGGUGGCCAGCGUAUCCACGACUCCACCUUGCUGCUGGACAAGAUGCGCAAGCUCAAGGUCGAUCCCGGUUCGAUGGAAGACUACAUCCAGGGCUUCCAAUGGGGAGCACCACCCCACGGUGGAGGUGGUAUCGGUCUCGAGCGUAUUCUCAUGUUGAUGAUGAACCUCGGAAACAUUCGCCAUGCGUCCAUGUUCCCUCGCGACCCGAAGAGUUUGCCAGAGCGGCCAGUUAUCAAGCAGCUGCGACAUCCUGAGGCCAGCACCAUGCAUCCACCGUGGGAAGGACAGGAUCGUGCGGUUGCCAAGAUCGACCUCCAGCCUAUCGAGAAGCUCAUCGCCAACUACGGUGAUGCCACCAACACGUCCUGGUUGGAGCCUCGCACCGAGAUCUGGCGCGACGAGAACACCGGUGCGGCUGUCGGCUUCGUACCUCAAGACGGGUUCGCCAUCACUGUCGGUGACCCUCUUUGCCACGAGUCUCAAUACCUCAAGACCAUGGCUGGUUACCUCAAGUACAUCAAGAAGGAGCGCAACCUCAAGCCACUGUGGCUUCUUGUAGGACACGCCACCGAGGAGGUGCUUGCAACCAAGUUCAACUGGCGCACAUUCUCCGUCACUGGAGAGCAGCGUGUAGACCCUGUCCACAACCCAGCGGACAAGGACUCUGACGUGCAGCGCAAGAUCCGCCACGCGGAGAAGGAGGGUGUCAAGAUUAGCGAUUAUGCCCUCGGCACACCACCACCACCAGAUGUCAAGGCGAAGGUCGAUGCUCGUGUAGCGGAUUGGCUGAACAACCGCAAGGGCAAGCAGGUCCAUUUGACCAACAUCCACCCAUGGCAAGACGAGGAGCAUCGCCAAUACCACAUCGCCUACACACCCGACGGCACUAUCGCUGCCUUUGUCGCCAUGGCGCAGCUUUCACCUGACCACGGCUGGCAAGUCAAGUACUCUCUCGACUUCCCCGGCGCGCCCGGUGGCUCAAUCGAGUACAUUGUCACACACGCUCUCAAGCAAGUCGCUGCUAGCGGCGCAACCAGCGUCACCUUUGGUGGUGGUGCUAGCUCCAAGUUCAGCCCAGGACAUAACGUCAAAGGUACUCGCGUCAAGGUGCUCAGCCGCGCCUACCACGCCAUUGCGACUGAACUCAAGCUCACCAACAAGACUGAGUUCCGUGAGAAGCUGGGUGCAGUCGACGACCCAAGCUACAUUUGCUACCCGCCCCACGGGCUGGGCCCUAUGGCGGUCAAGGCCAUCUUGAACUUCUUCUCUGACGAUGACGACAACAACUAA